AUAACUGAGCGUCGGCAGCUGGCUGCGGUAUGUAUAGCGUGGUAUAGCGGUAUCCGGCAGAGCAGCGGCCCGGGCCAAAGUCCGAGAGCUGCGGUUAGUUCCCUGCCGGCCGCUGUGAGGAGUGGGCGUGUGUGUGUCUGCGUUCCUGGAGUCGGCCGCUCUUGCUCCCUCGACCCAACCUUGAAAACUAUACUUUCCUAUCUGAGAGUUUUAUUUUGCUUGAAUAAGACGUGUUUAAGGGAGACAAAUUUAGCCGUUUGUGUAAAGUGAAUUUAUUUAUUUAUUUGGAGAGAAGAAUUAUUAAGAGAUACGUUAUAAAGGCAUAUAACAAGGCGUAAGAUGAUGAGAUGAUAGCCUUAAGUAGACACCCAGGACCUCGAGUGGGCACUAGGACCUCAAGUGGGCACCAUCAGGACCUCUAGUGGGCACCAGGACCUCUAGUGGACACCAGGACCUCAACUGGGCACCAGGACCUCAAGUGGGCCCCAGGACCUCUAGUGGGCACCAGGACCUCAAGUGGGCCCCAGGACCUCUAGUAGGCACCAGAACCUCUAGUGGGCAUCAGGACCUCAACUGGGCACCAGAACCUCUAGUGGACAUCAGGACCUCAACUGGGCACCAGGACCUCAAGUGGGCCCCAGGACCUCUAGUGGGCACCAGGACCUCAAGUGGGCCCCAGGACCUCUAGUGGGCACCAGAACCUCUAGUGGGCAUCAGGACCUCAACUGGGCACCAAGGUGGCCAGCGCCCACCGUACCCUGAACAUGUCGCUGGUAUUCACUUGACAGGGAAGUACCUUGGAGACGCCCGAGGAGUGGCGGCCAGCUCCCAUAAACGACGUACCUUGUAUGGUAUAAAGUUCUGGACAUCGGGUUCAAUUUGAUCACGGAGGUUCCAGAAGACGGUUUCCGAGGCAUCAAGUCCCUGACGUUACUGGCCCUGGACGGCAACCCUUUGACUAGCGUGCCUGGCCAGGCCUUCGCCCACCUCAACACCUCCCUCAGGGGACUGUCCGUCGGGGGCAGGUUCCUGCAUUGCGACUGCAAGGUAGCGUGGAUCCCAGAGUGGAUCCGCGACUACGACCUGCAGGUGACGUCCCGCGAGCGCAGCCCGCAGUUCUGUGGUCAGCCACCGGAGUACCGCGAGCGGUCCUUCUACCAGCUGAGUCCGGAGGAGCUAUCCUGCAGCAGCAGCAGCAGCUCCUCUGUCCUGGCCGCCGGCGGCUCCUCCACCACCCUGCCGCGCCCCACGUCCCCCAGGACCGAGUUUCCACCAGCGGCGUCUACAACGGCUCCUCCACUACCACCACCGACUUCCUCUCCAACCACAACCACAACCACAACUCAAGCGCCUUCUUCGGCGGUUCGGCUCCCGCCCCGACCAACCACUCCACCAGAACCUGAGGUGACCUCGUUCCGGCCGGGCUUCGUUAUCACUCCUGGAGGCUCUGAGCAGCGAGAGGGGGAGUCGAACGGUGUGGGGAGCGUCGGGUCCGUCCAGAGGGGCCCUGGAGGCGAGGGCCCGACCAGGGGCCACAGCCACCCCACGAUGGAUUUACCGCCAACGAGGUUCGAGCAGGGUUCGUCGAGGAUAGAGCGGCCAGUGGCCCAGCCAGUGCCUUCCAGGCCCAGCUUGAUCCUCAGGACCAGCGAGCCUUCGUCCCAGGAUAACUUCUUCGGGUCCCAGUCCCGCGGGCCUUAUGUGGAGGAGGUUAUCGUGCAGGACGCCUACAGGAAGGACAACUCCGUUAUCAUCCAGUGGGACUCCGAGGUCUCCAACAUCCUGGGCUUCAGGGUCGUGUACAGGCUCUUCGGGGACAAGAACUUCAAGCUUGGACCGCCCCUGGCAGCGUCGGAACGAGAGUUCAAGAUCAAGAACGUACCGACACAGGAGUGCAUUGUGGUGUGUGUGGUCUCCCUCGAAGACGUCAAUGUCACCCCUGAUAACGUGCAGUACUCCCAAUGCCGAGAGAUCCGGACGGAGACCUCUGCCACUAUGCACAUGGACACCAUCAUCAUCGCAGCCUCGGCAGCCAUCUGUGGCACUGUCAUCAUCGCUGUCAUUGUCUUCAUCUGCUGCAACAGGAAGCGCGGUGGUCACCGGGAGAAGGAGGGCAUCCCUGCUGUCCUGAACCCCGUCUCCCCACCCCUGGCAUCCCUUGGCACUCUGGGAUCUGGCACUCUAGCGGGAGCCAGCGGCCCAGGCAGUACUAAAGCAGAUUGGGACACAUUAUCUAUGUACUCCCAGCGGUCCAUCCCCAGGGCCAGGAUGUAUCACUUAGAUAAAGGUUCGGUAAACAACGGCUUUGUGCCUGAUGAUGCUAGAUCGCAUAUCUCCCAUGCCUCCUCCAAGCACCUGCCUCGCCCCCGCUCCAUGGCUGAUGGCCAGAGUCAGAGAUCUUACUCAGCCCUCAGCGCUGCUCAUCUCAGACACCCUCCUCCAGUAAUGGGUCUCUCCAGACAAGAUCUCAACAUGUCAAGGCAGUCGUUAGUAGCCUCACAAUUCUCCGCCGGGGGGUUCGGGCCGAUGGCUGUAAAUCCCAAUGCGUUUGGGAUGGGAGGUCCAGGGUCCACAAUGGGGGGACUCUCAAGGGCAACGUCUCAGCGCAGUGACCGGCGGCGCCAACGCUCUAAAUCACGAGAGCGUGCAGGGUCCCGCCUCAGCCAUGCUGGAUCUAACCACUCUCUCACCGGCUAUGACACUGACGGCUGGACCGACCAUGAUAUGGACAUUUACGUUGCCAGGAACCCAACUCGUGGCGGUCUUGUCCAACUGUAGAACUCUGAUGUUUGAUAUCGACUUGAAAUAUCUUCCUAUGAGAAAUCACACUGCAGCUCUGGGAGUGCCACAGAGCCACUGCCUCAGGACCAGGAGCUCCCUACCAACAGAGCAUCCUAGCCAGAAAUCUAUGGCAGGGGUCAUUUGUUGACCAACAUAAGAGAUCAGACCAGAGCUACCAUGUCCACGAAAUUUUCACGUUUGCUUCUUUCACAGAGAAAGACAGCAUACUAGUGGGGUUAACCUCCUAGGCAGGAGGCGAGCAUGAGAUUUUAUAAGAAUUUUAUUGCAAUAAAUUACUUCCUAGUCGUUCUGUGGAGGAGUUACAGAAUUGACCAGAUUCAAUUGUUGUAUAAAAAGUGAAUUCAUAGAGCUUGCAUAUAAAAACUAAAUACAGAACAGACUUAAGAAUUCACCAACCUGUUACAUUACAAGUGAAGUGAACUUUAAAGCAGACAAUAUGUGAUAUUAAUAUUGCUCAUCUCUAAGUGUCGUCUCAUGAGCAUCGAGUGGGGUCUUUAUCUAGUUAUGGCAGAUACCCGUUCUUGUGAUGCCGCCAACAUAACAGUGCCUGCGCAGCAACUUUAAGGUACAGAAAGCUUGGCUUCCUCAUGGUGCGAGUAAAAUACCUGGCCAAGGUCAAAACUUUCAUGGUCUGUUCUAGAACUCCAGAGUUGCUGUGUGCUCUGGUGGUUGUUGUGCUUCAAGGUGUCAUAGCAGUGAUGGGGUGGUGGAGGGCCAGGGAAUGUUGGCUGUUCGUGUUUUCCAAAUUAUUGCUACAGUUUGGCUGUACUUGACUGACUGCAAUGAAUAAGGGACUUCAGUAAUUUGUUUUUCAACUGAUUUUUCUGCCUGUUUGGAAGCUUCAUAGUUUCCAAAGGAUUUCAUUCUUGUACAUCUGAUUUACUCAUCACACUAUAAUUUUUUGUGAUGCAGAAUGUAUACAGAGUCUUAGCUGCUGUGGGCGGUAGUUUAAUCCAAAACGUGAUGAGACAGGAAUAGCUUUUAAAAAUGUUUGUAUAAAUAUUUUUGUACAUGUGAAUUAAUUAUUUGUAUGAAUGCGAGAGCGUUGUAAAUUUUCAACUGGAAUCUGUUAUUAUAUUUUGGUUAUAAGCUUGCACUGAGGAGAUAAAUGUGAGGAGAAAUGUUUGGUUGUUGAGACAAAAUGUUGAGAUAUUGCCACCCUCGUAUGCAUUGAUGCAGCAUCACCUGCAAUAUUUUGCGGCAAAUUCCAUAAAGCUUGUGUACAGUGUCUCGUGCAUGGGUCAUCUUGAGUGUUGGUGUUCCAUAUGAGUUAUGGUUCUGUGUGUGUUUUGCCGCACUAUAUGUGUCGCACCACUCAUGCUGUGGCUUCAUGUGUGUGUGUUGUGGCAGACCUGUAGAUUAUUGGACCAUGGAUUAUGCUGCAUGAUGCUCCAAUGCCAUAUGUACAAUGUCAUCAUCAGACAUUACACAUUCCUCGGCAUUAAAUGUUAUAUUUCCUGUGUAUCUCUCUUUGGCUCCAUAUGUGUUACUGUAUCACUAGCACUGGGGGACACGUCUCCACAUGUGCUACUGUAUCACUAGCACUGGUGGACUCGUCUCCACAUGUGUUACUGUAUCACUAGCACUGGUGGACUCGUCUCCACAUGUGUUACUGUAUCACAAGCACUGGUGGACACGUCUCCACAUGUGCUACUGUAUCACUAGCACUGGUGGACUCGUCUCCACAUGUGUUACUGUAUCACUAGCACUGGUGGACACGUCUCCACAUGUGUUACUGCAUCACUAGCACUGGUGGACACGUCUCCACAUGUGUUACUGCAUCACUAGCACUGGUGGACACGUCUCCACAUGUGUUACUGUAUCACUAGCACUGGUGGACACGUCUCCACAUGUGCUACUGUAUCACUAGCACUGGUGGACACGUCUCCACAUGUGUUACUGUAUCACUAGCACUGGUGGACACGUCUCCACAUGUGCUACUGUAUCACUAGCACUGGGGGACACGUCUCCACAUGUGCUACUGUAUCACUAGCACUGGUGGACACGUCUCCACAUGUGCUACUGUAUCACUAGCACUGGUGGACACGUCUCCACAUGUGCUACUGUAUCACUAGCACUGGGGGACACGUCUCCACAUGUGCUACUGUAUCACUAGCACUGGUGGACACGUCUCCACAUGUGCUACUGUAUCACUAGCACUGGUGGACACGUCUCCACAUGUGUUACUGUAUCACUAGCACUGGGGGACAUGUCUCCACAUGUGCUACUGUAUCACUAGCACUGGGGGACACGUCUCCACAUGUGCUACUGUAUCACUAGCACUGGUGGACAUGUCUCCACAUGUGCUACUGUAUCACUAGCACUGGGGGACACGUCUCCACAUGUGCUACUGUAUCACUAGCACUGGGGGACACUGUUGAGAUCAGGUUUUCAUUGUGAACUUUUCAGUCCUACAUAUGUGGUCAACAAUACAACACUAUUUUCUCUGCUGCUUGCUCAGUCUCCUCAUCCCAGCGAGUCAUUAGGAAAGUCUAGUGUACAAAUAGUGCAUAACUACAGGAAAUUUAAUUUGAUUCAGAUAUGGUUGAAUGUAAAGAUAUUCAUAUUAUUGAUAUUCUUCAUUAAUAUUGCUACUUUAUGUAUUAUUUUAGGAAGCAAGAUUUUUUUUUUAUAUAAAUAUAUAGAAAAUAUUGACAAUACAAAAAUAUGGGUUAAUGACUAUAUUAUCCAAUGUUAAUUAUGUUAAGACUGCAGUGCAAUGGGAGCUAAAUACUGUAUUAUGUAUUACAACAAAUAUGGAUUGUUGAUCAAAAAAGAAAAAAAUUGCAAACAUGUUAGAAUAUAUUAUAAUUGCAUAGAUUUUGUUAACAUUUUCUAAACUGUGUUAAAAUGGAAGACUGCAGGACAUUUUUUUUUUUUUUUUUUUUUUGAAAUGACAACAAUAAUGUAGAUCAGUAGAAGAAAGGCCUAGUAUUUGGGCAUGUGGGUGUUUAGGUAAAGCAGUGAGUCGUGUCCAAGUAAGGGGGGGAAAUGUGUGUUACAACCCUCGGUAGCAUUAUUAACAAGACUGGUGAGAUGCCAUACAAUUGCCAGGGAUAGCUUGACAUUUAUAAAUUAUUUGUUUAUUUUUGUGCUUAAGAUUUGUUUCCAUUUUGGAAUAAAAUCUUUAAUAUUUUCUGUUUAUUUCUGCAAUGCCUUUUUGCCUCUGUGUAUGUGUAUUGUGCUUCUGGUCCUGUGUGUUGGCAGAAGUUUCCUGGUAGUAUUUGUGGACAUUUCACAAGUCAUGUUAAGCUUGACUGUCAGUGUGAAUGUCCUCUUAGAAAUAUUUCUGUCAGUUAGGAGACAUGGGCUGCUUAUUGAUUGUAAAGCAGUUAGGCUAAUGAAGUGGUGUACUUGGGGAGUGUUAGUCAGUUUUGUGUGAUGAAGCGGCUUUCUUGCAAGGUCUACAAGCCAUUGCCUAACUUGGCAAAACGUCAAUGCUCAUUAUUCCUACUGUAUUCUCCCAAAAUUGUGUUUUCUUUAAAUUUGCAUUAAUAGUCAGUACAUAAAUAUGUCAUAGGUGUCAAAGCUGUUGCUUAUACAUUUAAUAUUUUGCCAAAUGGACAAAUAUUGCAAUAAAUAAUGGACAGAUGUUGCUGACAGUGUUUGUAUAUUCAUUGUUAAAAGCAUUUAUGCGAGUCAUCUGGUGACUUUGAAUUUCAAUUUCUAACAUUAAUAAACAUCAGUGUUACUGUGUACCAAUGAUAGGUUGAUUUAGUUCAAGUAUGUUUAUUGAGACAAGAAAAUACAUCUCAAAGGGAUAGAGUAGCUUUGGCUAUUUCUACCCUCACCGGUUGACUUAGUACAGUAUGUUGGAUUCUCUUAGAGUGUGUGAAGGUCAUUUACAGAGGGUGAGGCUCCAUGUACAGGGUUACAUCCCUUUAUAACAUGCCAAAUUAUCUUAAAGGAGUUCAGACCUUUGUGGAGGAUCAGGAUAGCUUGAAGGUUAAAUUCUCAGUGGGUAAAUUAUGAAAUAAUGUAGGUACAUUUUUGUGGCAAUGAAUGACAUUUUGUAUUUUUAUAUAAUAUAUAUAUAUGGGUCCUGAAGCUGACAAACAGUUGGGCAUGUUUCCUUUCACCUGAUGCCUUUGUCUUCCCUGGCUCUACUCUCCCAGGCAAAGUUGGGCAAAGAAUGUUCAUAUAACGAUGAAUAAAUGAUAACAUUGAUCCUCAGUUGAUUAAAAAUUACUCAGGCUUAUUUUGCCUGCUGGAUCUGCUAGCAGUAAAAUAGGUUUCCUGGGAGAUAAGCAGUUGUGGGUUGCAUGCUGGCUGUAAUGGGUAGGUGAAAUAGGGAGAGGGAAGGAGGAGCGAGUGAUGGGAGGAGAGUCAAGUUGUUUAAGGAAUAUGGACAUGGAAGAAAUUUACCCGCAGGCCACCAUCUCCAGUGACCUCAAUGUGUACAGGAAGCCAGCAGCUUAUCAAAGGUGCUUGUCCCCUACCCCCUAUUAUUCCUGAGGAUUUUUACCAGUUGAAAUUUAAACUAAAGGACUGUAUUGUCUUAGUAUUUACGACUAGCGGUAAGGCAAUUCCGUGGGUUUAUUACGUAUAGGUGAAGAAUGAUCUCCAGUUAGGUCAUGAGAAGAGGAAACUGCCCAGAUGUACUACUGACCUUAAUCAGCGACUGAUUUGUUUUGUUUGACCAGCAACUAUUGCAACAUUUAGGCUACUAGUUUGUGAUGCUCAGGCUCACCAACUGUUUGUAUUCCAGUCAGACUCUUUGUAAUAUAAAACAAUAAAACACUUGUUAAU